GUUCAAGUGACAAGUACUCGCAGCAGUCGCCUCACUCACCUACUCCCGCGAUGUCCUACUAUUCACGUUCACCUCCACCUCUUCAACACCCAGUCCCGACUCAUCCAGCUUUCAUACCAGAACCGCCUUCAACGCCAGCAUCACCUCAAGGCUACCAACGCUUUGUUAGUUCGCCACCACCAACCCAACAAUAUGCCGCACGAACUCAAUACAAUCCUCCUCCGUUUCAACCAAUCCCAAAUCCUCAACACCAACACAUUCCCGACUUUGCGGCAUGGGGCAUGAACGACAGUACCGCUCAGUUCGGAAUGCACUUAGGUCAAACAGCUGUUGCUGCAGGCCAAGAUUAUGUCCAAAAGAAUUUCGCCGGCAUGAUACCAGUCACCAUGCUCAAACACCACUUCAACGUCUCAAAUUCUUACGUCAUGCACAAACUCCAGCUCGUCGUAUUUCCUUGGCGACAUAAACCCUGGACACGAAAAGUCCGUCGCACAGAGGCUGGUCACACAGAAUGGCAGCCUCCUCGCGACGAUAUCAAUAGCCCUGAUUUGUACAUACCCCUCAUGGCACUCGUCACCUACAUUCUUAUAGCAGCGCUUCAAACAGGCCUUCAAGAACGAUUCCACCCCCAGAUCCUCGGCACAAGCGCAACACGUGCUCUCCUCGUCGUCCUACUCGACUUUCUCUUUGUCCAGUGCGGCUGCUACCUCCUUAAUGUUCAAGGCACGGGUCAGGUGGUAGAUUUGAUCGCUUAUGGCGGGUAUAAGUUUGUCGGCGUCAUCCUCACGCUCUUCGCGGGUCUCCUCAAUCUAGGCACAACGAUAUACACACUCGUAUUCUUGUACGCGUUCGCGGCAAACGCGCUAUUCGUACUUCGCUCCCUUCGCUCAGUGGUCCUUCCCGACUCACCCGCCAAUGUAGGCACUGUCAACCCCGCAUCUAGAAAACGCCGCAUCACAUUCUUGUUCCUGGAGGCUGUUUUGCAAGUCGUAUACAUGGGUAUCUUGGUGAGGGUGUGAGUCUUGGCGUGCUUUCGAGUCGUCGCGCUGUGGUAAUAUAAAAACUACCAUGCAUGCGAGUGUUGAUCGUGAUGAUAUUAAUGUUGAUGGGAGUAUGUGUCAGAUAUUUUCUUUGUGGAGGGUUGUAAGUAGUAGUUCAUCGUGAGCUGAGGUUGAGAACUCGUCUCGACGAUACAUCUCGGCCGGACGCACAAAUCAAGACAAGAAUGUCAAUGGCAUGACCCACCUGUA